AGCUCGUCACAUGAUUCUUCUCUUGUGACAAUCCCGACAGAAAGGAAAAAGCCUUUCUGACUUCCAGCUGAGUUGUAAGGCGCUGCGAUGAAAGACGACUGUUGUUUUGCUACCAAAGGACCAACUCCAAGGAGGGAAAUGGAGUUAAGUUAGCCAUUACCAGACCGACUCGCAUCAUUCCUUUUAAAAGUGGACAUUCGGUUAAUAUUUGGGGUUGUUGCGUCGCUUGGGACAAAGUUGGCGCAUGGAGAGGGACGAAGUUUCAUUUUUGCGUUGCGUAUUUUCUUUGUUUUUGUCGCUACUGCGUGUUAACCAGCAUCGUACAGCAUUUCGGGUAACAAAGGCCAAGUAGCUCGAAUUCAGUUUAGACCCUCUUCUGUUUCUGCAGACUUAACGAGCAGAGGACAACACAAGUUGAGGACACAUUUCCUCAGGCGAGAUGGUGGACAGCAAACCUCUUCUUCAAGACAGACCACCCGCCUAUAACGCCGUUCCGGGGGCGUAUGAGUACGGCCCGCAGCAGCAGGGCUACGGGGCCAUCCCCCCAGCGGCCCCACCGCCCUACCAGUACCCCGAUGGCCAAGGAUUCUCAUCAGCUCAAAUGGGCCCUGCUGUCUCCCAGCAGCCUUUUACUGGGAGUUAUACCAUCAUCCAACCUUCUGUAGUGGUGGUGGGAGGCUGUCCUGCUUGCAGAGUGGGCGUCCUGGAGGACGACUUCACCUGUCUGGGGAUCCUUUGUGCCAUCUUCUUCUUCCCGCUGGGCCUCCUCUUCUGCUUCGCACUGCGUCAGAGAAGGUGUCCCAACUGUGGCGCCACCUUCGGCUAGAGGGACCAAACUACUUCUCCACGCGCUUGCACACAUGCAUACACAGCCACACAAACAUAAUCCUGAUUUUUACGUACAACAAAUGAUCUAGAUAUUGCCGUCUAUUUUUCAUCUGCAAGUUAAGACAAUGUUCUAGCACGAGUGUCCAGCUGUUGUCAGUGCCUUCACUACAUGCUGAGUGAUCAUCCGAUUCCACCAGUCAUGAUUUAAUUAGUAGAUUUAGCUCGGAUCAUAUGGAGAUCUGAGCAGAUUCCUUUGUUUUGUGGAGCUGGAAUUAACCAAGGCACUUAUAUUUUUUAUUUUGCCUCAGGUUUUUUUCUUUUAUGUAUUUGCUAGCACACCUAGCUUUUAGUAAACAUUGUGCUUUGUAACAUUAUACACUGAGAUCACAGAUGAAUUAGCUUUUGUUUUCUACUUUAGGGAAUGUAAAUUUUUUCAGAUGUUUUGCUCCUUUUUUUUCUUUUUGGCUCAGUGUGUCACAUUUAACAAAAAGAUAAAGAUCCUUGGAUGUGAGCUGUUCCAGUUGAAACAGUGGACUUAAUCUGACGAAGCAUUUUGUCCGUCUUUUUUGUUGAUUUAUUAUUUCCCGGGGCCAUAUUUGAACUGACAGUUCGUUCUGAUUAUUCUGCUGGGUUGUGCUUUUCCAGGGCCGAUGCAGACCUCAGGUACACACAAUCUGAAACGCCCUGGACUUUACAACCUCAACUGUUUUUGACUUUGGACUCACUUUGAGAGGACUCUGGUGUCAAAACAGUUCAAACUUCAAGAAAGCAUGCCGAGUAAAAGUUGAAAUCUCCGGACGACUUGUAUAAUCUCUGGAUUUUUAUCUCAGUAACUUACUCUGUGACAAGUCAACCUGCCCCAUUCCUCCCAGCCAGACAAUCAAUCAAAUGUUUUGUCCAUGUGUCUGCAGUAUCUCGAUGUCUUCCACCACAGCAGGAUGUUACAAAUCUGUCCACAGCAGACAAAAAGAGAUAACUGGGUGGGAGGGAUUUAAAGAAGAAAAGGCUUUAGAAAACACACUAUGCAUGCUCUGAUUGAAGUUCCUACUUUUUAUAUGAGUUACUGUAAUUAAAAAUCAAUGCUAUUCA